GGACGGCACAACAAGAAAUCUUGCUGGCCGAUCUUCUUGGACCCAAAGAGGUUUACACCCCCCGGCCGCCUCCCAGGUGUGAGAGCCCACUCUGGGCGCCGUCCGCGUGCGCCCGCCGUCCCAACGCCUCCCGCUGCUGCCGAGCGCGCUCUGGCACGAGCUCGAACACAAUGGUGGGCUGACGUCUCCGCACAGGACUCGACUCCGAUACCGUAGCCAACAACACUUGGAUCCAUGCCCUCGGGCGGCUCCCGCCGGUGCUGGAGUUCGAGGAGCCUCCUCCUCCUGGGAGCCUGCGCCGCCCUGCCGACGGGGUGCGGGGCGGUGCGUGCACGUGGCGAGCCCCGGCUGCGGGGCAGGAAGCUCGUAGAUGGCACGUUCGCCCUGCAGGCUGCGCAGCGCGGAGGCGAAAGGGGCGAGGUUCCGCCGACUGUCCGUGCGGCCCACCGAGGACCCGUCGACGGGGCGACGGCGGUGCGGGGGCGAGCCCCCGCAGCUGCCGAUGAGCGCAAGACGUGGGCGCUCGUGCUGGAGAGGAAUGCCACGGAGGAGGAGGUGCAGAAUCUCAGCACGGAGUUCCACAACGGGAAGCACAGCCAUCCAAGCAAGGGCGAGUUGCCGUUCGUGGAAGGGGCCUUGACAAUAGAUGAGCUCGAGAGGGUGCUUGACAAGUAUCCCGAACUCGUGCAGUACGUCGAAGAGGACCGGUAUGAGAAAAAGAUCUGGGACCCGAUCGUUUCAGCCGACAGUCCCUCACAGCCGCAAACUGGCUACCCAUGGGGCAUCCAAGAUCUAAACGCAGACGUGAUCCGGGGGCGCGGCGUGGGAGUGAACGUGUACGUGCUGGACACCGGCAUUCGCACAACCCACAACUUAUUCAGCGGCCGGGCCUUCGCUGGAGUGGACGUGGCUGGCACCGGGGAUUUGGUAGUGUGCGCGCCAAGCAGCACAACGUGCGCUGCUGACGGCCAUGGGCACGGUACCCACUGCGCCGGCACGGUUGGGGCCUCGACAUAUGGCGUCGCGGAUGGAGCGACCAUCUGGGCGAUGAAGGUUCUCGAUGACACUGGUGCUGGCUUUUCCUCUUGGUCAGUUUUAGCGGAGCAGUGGAUCUUGUCCUCUGGCGCGAGACCGGCGGUGGUGAGCAUGAGUCUCGGGGCCCAUGGCUCAUUUGAACCAGAGGAGGAAUCGAUCAACGCGUUGGUGGACGAUGGCGUUACCGUAGUGGUGGCGGCAGGGAACCAGAACGCUGACGCGUGCAACUACAACCCAGCACGCAUCGCAUCUGCGAUCACGGUGGCAUCUUACACUGAAGCAGUGGCCAAGUCGUUCUUCAGUAAUUACGGCUCUUGCGUAGACGUGUGGGCUCCAGGCUCGUACAUCUGGUCGACGGACCAUUCCAGUGACAGCCAGACGUCUGUUAAAUAUGGUACGUCGAUGGCCUGUCCUCACGUGGCCGGGCUCGCGGCCAUCAUGUACGAGGCACACCCAUCGGCGGGGUCCAUGACAGCAGCGCAGAGGUGGGAUCUCCUCACUGCCUCGCAGCGCACAGGCUCCGUCACUGGGAUCCCCACGACCCCUGCCACUGUCAACCUGGUGGCUUUGGCGCCCACGUCGACGCCGACACCAGCGCCGUCGCCCUUGCCUACGGCCUUGCCCACCCCCUUGCCCACGCCCUUGCCCACGCCCAGCCCGACCCCGACCCCAACACCCGAGACGUACGUCAGCAAGCUGUCGUUUGUGAUGGCUGGGCUCGACUAC